AUGCUGACGGUGACCAAACCCUCCAGGAUCACUACAUCGGCCCCUACUAACAAUGCCCGUCUCGAGUUUGAGAACUACGAAAGAUCAGUACGCAGUCAGCUUAGCGGUACAGAAUACUCACCAGGGCCACAGGCUUUAGGCUUUCUUCACCACCUCGAGAUCCGUCGCAGUGACCAGAUGACUCCAUACACGCAGGUUCUCGGCGAAGUCCUGGAGGUACCUCAUAUCGCCAUCCGUACCUAUCUCUUUCUCGAUCCAGAUUUCCUCAGCGGCGAGAGCGGUCUCUCUUGUCCCUUGAUUCUGAGCCCAGCCAGUGGCCAGAGGAAGCAGGUCCACCUCGAACAGCCACAAAACUAUGUUCAGCUCUACCUCUUGGAGCUCCAUGGCUUCCUCGUCACAGGGCUUCCAGUCUUUAUCUUGGAGAAGCGAGGCGACUGUGCGGAAAAAGCAAGCCUGGCGAUAUUGGGGUAG